AAUACGGAUCAGGAAUUAUUGUUCUAUCUCUUUGAUGAGUUUGCAAAACUAGAAGAAAUUCCUUACUCCGUUUCUGCGAUCGAAUAUGCGUUCAAUCAAUGUAUCGAUAAUGUAUUAUCUCAACCUCGGCCUAAGGAUGGUAGGAAAUAUUGCUUACGUACUUUCGAUGGAUGGGGAUGUUGGAACGAUACACCCGCUGGAGAGACUGCUUACAUCACUUGUCCAACGUUCAUAACUGGUUUUUUACCUGAAAGAUUUGCUCACAAAAUAUGUAACGAAGAUGGGACGUGGUACAGACAUCCCCAUACCAAUCGCACGUGGUCUAAUUAUACGACUUGUAUUGAUCAGGAUGACUUAUCGACAAUAGAUUUAUUAUGUUCAGAUCCAGAAGGACCAGCAGGACCUCAUUUAUGGGGACUUCAAUAUCUGUGUAUUGAUAAUAAAACGACAGAGGCAUUUAAGACAAUAGAUUUAUUAUGUUCAGAUCCAGAAGGACCAGCAGGACCUCAUUUAUGGGGACUUCAAUAUCUGUGUAUUGAUAAUAAAACGACAGAGGCAUUUAAGGUAGUCAGUCUAUGUAUUUAA